AUGGUAGCCACUGCAUACCGAACUUCUCAUAACUGUUCUGACCAGCUUACUACCCAUGUCUUGGUAGCAGGUUUCACAGGUCAACUUAAGGGAUGGUGGGAUACCCAUCUUGGCGAAGAAGAUAAGAACCAAAUUCUCUUAAGUGUCCGAGUUGAUUCAACGGGAGAACCAAUUCUUAAGGAUGGCCUUACCAUUCCUGAUUCAACCAACACCCUGAUUUAUACCAUUAUCAAAACAUUCAUAGGUAGUCCAGGUAUCUUUAGGGAAAGAUCUUCUGAGAUAUUUAACAACCUUAAGUGUAAAACCCUUUCUGACUUCAGAUGGUAUAAGGAUUCCUUUCUUACCCGAAUCUACGAAAAACCUGACGGAAAUCUCCCAUAUUGGAAAGAAAAAUUCCUAGACGGUCUACCUAAGUCUCUUAGGGAUUUAGUUAAAGAAGAACUCCAAAAUCAACAUUCUGGUGAUAUUAUUCCUUACGAACAAAUCGCCUAUGGCCAACUCACCAGUCUCAUUCAACAUGUCCCUCUCAAAAUCUGUCGACAUGAUAAGAUAUUGAGACACUUAGCCAAAUAUAGAACACAGACUCACCGAGAUCUAGGUAGUUUCUGUGAACAAUUUGGUUUACCACCUUGUAGCAAAAAGCCUCACAAGAGACGAACAACCAAGGAUAUGGAGAUUACAAAAUAUAGGUCUUCUGCACCCAAGUUCAGGAAGACCAAACCAUUUUCUUCUAAAUCCAAAACCUUUCCCAGUAAAAAUAAAUCAACAAACUUCCAAACUCCCAAUUCUGGAAAAUGUUUCAAAUGCAACAAACCGGGCCAUAUAGCCAAAUACUGCAAAUUGUCUAACAAAGUUAGAAAUCUUGAUUUAGAUGAGUCCGUUCUUAACCAGAUCGAACAACUUUUAUUAGAAGAUAGCGACACUUCUGAUGUUGCUGAUGAUGAACUUGAACAGCAAUUUAACCAACUCGAAGAUGAUGACACAAAUUCAUCUUCAUCCUAG